AUGGCUAAGGUGUCAUCGGCACGAGCGAAGGAGUUGCUAGCGAAUCUUCCAAAAAUAGAAAAGAUUGUCUACAACCAAUGUGUGAGAGAUUCCAAGUCCACCGUAGCUCUGGCGAAGUGUGCUGUUCGAGUUUUUGAUGCCAGGGACAACGCCAAGAUGAAAGCUGAGGAAGAGGCGAAACGAGAGAAGAAGACCAAAGCCGUCAUUUCCAUCAAAGCUCAGCGCAAAUCUCCUCUUCCCAUGUACAAAACGGGAGAGGGAGGUGAAGUUCGAAACGAAAAAGAAAAGGUGCUCCCAAAGUAUCGUUUCUUUGCGAGAAAAUCGCACCCAUAUCGCAAUCCGAUUCGGCCCCAACUUCGAAACAGGCUUUCCCGCUUGAAGAAGCCAGCAAAUCACGUAGAGAAAAAGUACUCAACCAAGGAUUCGUUGUUGAAAGAUUCGCUUGUUGCCAAGGAGAAUCCCAACGUUAUCCCAAUGAUUGUCGAAAGUCGGAUGAGAGUGAAGAGGAAAAUUGAAAACGACAUGAGCAUCGCUAGACCGUCACUCAAUCUACGAGAAAUAGCUUUGAAAUAUAUCAAGAAAAUGCUGGGUGAGCUUCGUUUCAUACAU